AUGGUGCACUCCAGAGUACCUGCCUCUCAACUGCCUCACUCCUGUAAGAGAUUGAAGAGCAAGUGGUCGGAAUUUAGGGUAUAUCAAGAUCUCCUGUUCAAGGAAUUGAGUGAUGGUCACUUGGUUCCAGUUAUAUCGUUUAAGGUUCUAAUAGACUUGGAAGCCGAGACAUAUUUACAGAAUGCUCACUUGGGAAUAGGCAAAAUGACGUCCAUGCUAAGGGGGUUAGUUUGGCACCACGCCCUGACAAAAGUCAUUAGGGAUUUGUGCCGCACUUGUAAGGAGUGCCAGAUGUGUAAGGUGUCAAGGGAAGUAGUAUUUCCUCCAACCCUUCGCAUAUCCACCUCGGCUCCAUUCGAGUUGGUUGCUAUGGACCUCAUCAGCCUUCCAACUUCAUCUACUGGUUACAUUGGUUGCCUCAUGAUAGUCGACCAUUACUCCAAGUGGGUUACUGCAAUCCCCAUUCGGAAUAAGCAAACUCGAACAAUCUGCCAGGCUAUUGAAGAACGUGUUUUCCCGUCUAUUCCUAGAGUGCCAGUCCGAUUUCUGACAGACAAUGGUCCAAAAUUCAUUUCCCAUGAAUUCAGUGCUCUGAUGGAGAGGUAUAAUAUUAUUCAUAUUAAAAUAACACCCAAACAAACCUUCGAGUAA